GGCCCUCAAACAGACGGACCAGACCGGGGACCAGAGAGAGGCUGCUGGACCAAAGAAAGGUUCUCCCAGGCCUCGCGGCCCCCAGGCCUGAGUGGGCACGCACAGGUGUACACCGUCCACGUGAGGGGCCGUCACCAUGAACUGGGCCUCCCUGCAGGGCCUCCUGAGUGGGGUCAACAAGUACUCCACGGCGCUGGGCCGCAUCUGGCUGUCCGUGGUGUUCAUCUUCCGGGUGCUGGUGUUUGUGGUGGCAGCUGAGGAUGUGUGGGAUGAUGAACAGAAGGACUUCGUCUGCAACACCAAGCAGCCGGGCUGCCCCAACGUCUGCUAUGACGAGUUCUUCCCCGUGUCCCAUGUGCGUCUCUGGGCCCUGCAGCUCAUCCUGGUCACGUGCCCCUCGCUGCUGGUGGUCAUGCACGUGGCCUACCGGGAGGAGCGAGAGCGGAGGUACCGCCGGAAACAUGGACCCAACGCCCCGGCCCUGUACGACAACCCAAACAAGAAGCGGGGUGGGCUCUGGUGGACAUACUUACUGACUCUCAUCUUUAAGGCUGCCGUGGACUCUGGCUUUCUCUACGCCUUCCACGUCCUCUACCAGGGGCAUUACGACAUGCCCCGAGUGGUGGCCUGCUCCCAGUCACCCUGCCCCCACACGGUGGACUGCUUCAUCUCCCGACCCACGGAGAAGAAGGUCUUCACCUACUUUAUGGUGGCCACUGCUGUGAUCUGCAUCCUGCUCAACCUCAGUGAGGUCAUCUACCUGGUGAGCAAGAGGUGCCUGGAGAUUUUUAGCUCCAAGCGCCGCUGGUCUCGGCACCAGAGUCGCCUGCAUGAUUCGUGCCCACCGUAUGCCCUCUCCCAGGCAGAGCACCCCCAAGAUGGGAACUCUGUUCUAAUGAAGGCCAGCUCGGCCUCAGUGGAUGCAGGUGGGUAUCCAUAACCUGUGAAGCUGGCGACUGGACCACCGUGUCCCCCACCUGCUCCCGAAGGCCACAGCAGAGCAGUGGCACUUUCUACAGCAGGACAUGUAAGGAAAGUGGUUAUGGGGCUCAGGAAGCCUAUUUGGGGGCCAGUACUGGGGAACAGUUCUGUCUCAGGGUUCUGAACCCCAGGGGAAGGUGCUUUAAUGGCAAGGAUUUUAUACACAGUAAUAGGGUAUGUCAAAAAACCUUAAUAAAUAUGAUUUUCUCAGUACUUUGCAGUCAAGGUGGGGAAUGAUGGGUAGGAAAGCAGGGGGUAUAGGAUGGAC